UAUGGUAUCCAGCAUCUAGCAUCCAGCAUCCAGCAUCCAGCAUCCAGCAUCCAGCAUCCAGCAUCCAGCAUCCAGCAUCCACAGCAUCCAACAUCGAUGAUCAUGAUGCUGCUGCUGCUGCUGCUGCCGCCGCCGCUACUGCUGCUGCGGCCCGGGUCUAUGCUGAUCGCUCAUUCAGGCACAGCGUUUGCUCCGUUUCUAAGACGGGGGAGAUGGGUUGUUUUGCACGACAUUGCCUAUGACAGAGUACGACAUGUGUGUGUGUGUGUGUGUAUGUGUCCCAGCGCCCAGGAUACCUUUAUCGUGACACUUGCCAGACAGUUUCCGGUCCUCUGUGUCGGGGCCGGGAUGGGCGAGGACGAGGACGAGGACGACAACGCGGCAUCACACACGUUGCUACAUACUACCAGCACCACCAGGGCAGUUCCCGGGAAGGACCGUUCCCUUGGCGCGGAAACCCCAAACAACAACAGGAAAUUCCAACUGCUUGAUCCAGCCAUUCCACCACUUUACUUGCCUCCCGUGUGUCGUGUGUCAGGCUGA